CUCCAAUGACAAGCAAUUUAACCAGCCCAGGAGACAGGAAUAACAGCAGUGUUAUGGCUGAUUCGGCCAUUGAUGACUUCCUCCAACCGGGAGAAGGAAAGAUACCACUUGUUGAAGGACAUACACUUUUUGUCAAUGCCACCAAAUUGCAUAUAAUGCGGAGGAAAGCCCAAAAAGUUCCCAGCAAAAUGCUACGGUCAUUGCUGGACUACUAUUUUGAUACUGAAGUUUUGAGAACACAUUCAGCAACUGGAGAGAAGUCAAGCAAACCUCCAUUGCCGCAUACCAUCAUAGAACCCAUUAGAGAAUAUGUGAUGAUGAAUUUUAAAGUCGACCCAACCCAGAUCAACAUAAUGAUCAACAGAAAGUGCCUGGAUGCCAAGAGAAAGACAAAACACUAGACAAAUUCUACUGUGAUUGAUGUUUUUAUGGACCAUUUUAAAACCUUCUACUAGUGUGUUUAUGUGCGUGACAUUCUACCACAAGCCCUCCACCUCUGGGCCGUGGUUAAGAUAUGUUUGGAUGGACACAGUUUGGAUACAGCUUUUUCCCUCCUUGCAACACAAUUUUGGACCACUUAA